UCUAUGGCCUGGUGUUCGGGGCAAUUUGGUUCCGCACGUUGCAGCUGUGGUCAAUUAAUCACUGGGCAUAUCAUCAAUACAAGUCACUUCAUACAGCAACAGGCAAACGGAUACAGCUACAAUGUCCCGCCAACUAGACAACCUCAACCCCACCAUCUUCGCCCCCACCACGGCUUCCACCUCGAGCCGCAGGCCACCAAAGACCGGCAAGACCAACCUCUGGGCGCCUGAAGCCGUCAUACAAGACAGUGUGACCGAGGACUGGCUGAGCGGGGGAGACAGAGACAUUGGAAGCUCUGGGACUGAAAGCGAAGGAGAGGAAAGAGAGGAAAUCGAUGCAGAAGAGGUUUAUGAUCUCCUGAGAUCUAUAACAGAUCCUGAGCACCCGGUGUCUCUUGAACAACUACGUGUGGUGAACCAAGAGGACAUACAAGUUGCUGGAAACCGGGUACUCGUCUUUCUGACGCCUACUAUACCUCACUGCUCAAUGUCUACUCUCAUCGGUCCGUCUCUUUGUCAUGUGAUAACGCAAGCUGACCAUCGCUGAAGGAUUGUCGCUCAGAGUAAGACUUCUCCGUGCCCUUCCCCCGCGAUAUCGAGUCGAUAUCCGCAUAAAAUCUGGAACGCAUCAGUCGGAGCAUGCUGUGAACAAGCAGCUGAAUGACAAGGAAAGAGUGCAAGCUGCUUUGGAGAACAAGCAUUUGCUCAGCGUCGUGGAGGGUUGUCUGGCCACUGCUGGCAAACGGGGAGAGUAAACGUCUGGUAUCUAAUACCCCAGAGGGUCUGUAACAUAGUAUCUGUAUCUGUAGGGCUUGCCAGAUCGGGAUCUGGGUGACAUGGUGCAGAUAUCGUGAAUGCCGACACUUGUAAUCCGAGGCAAUGCAUCA